CCAUAAAUCCAACAAAGCAAUAUGUACAGUGACAUGGAGUGGAUGAGUGAUAAUGUGCUGCCUAGGUUUUGUGUUGUAGAAGCAAGGACACAGAAACAAAAAGACACAACACACAGGCUGUUGCUCUCUCUGGAGGAACUUCAUCACCUGCAUCUGCAGAUGAAGUCAGGCACAUGCAUCUGAGAGAGCUUGUCCUGCAACAGAGCCAGGAUGAUAGAAUUGAAGACAGAGCUGAAGUCCACAAACAGGAUUUGGACAUAAGUUCAUAAGAAGUGCAGGUGCUGGAGGAUGAAAUGGAGGGCCAUGUUGAAUGUGUCGCAUCCAGACCUGUUAGAUCUGUAGGUGAACUGACCAGAACAAGCUUCCAUCUUCAUAGUUGUGCAAUAAACAGUAGAAUGCUACAAUGCCAAACAAGGUUAUUCUUCCUGUAGGCUUCUUUUAGCUGGUUAUGUGAUUGGCCACUGCAUAAAAUAGGUGUUGGUUUAGUAAAGCAGGUGACUGCUUUGUGUGUCAUAUUCCAUGCUUAAGCACAAAAUACACUCAAAUAAUAAACCCUGUCUUGUCUAACUUUCUAAAAAGUGGAAUAACCUGUUAGUUGGAUGUGGGGCAACUGACCUACCUUACACAGCAGCUGAAUUCUCGCGAUACGAGAUCUCGCGAGAAUCGUGCGGGACAUUUACAUUUCCUAGCAACGCUGCUUGGUUACAGGAGGAAGCGCGCUAACAGUGGCGGUUAGACAACAACAACAUGGAGCCGUCAGAGAGGGUGGCAGCAGCUCCCCAGUUGCCAGCAGCUGAAGAUGUAAGUCAGUCUGCUGGACAAACAUCUAUAAACCAACUGGCAGCUCAAAAUCAUAGAUAUGCCAGUCAGGACCAGAGGCAGCACAGACUGGGAACAGAUGGCUGGGAGCUUCAACAGUUAUUAGAGCGUUCUUUUCAGCCAGAGUUUCAGGACAGUAACCUGUCCCCAGCUCUUUCCCUGUUGCCUGUAAACCCUGGAGUGGAACACAACUUCACUGAAUAUUCUUUAUUCCAACAAAGUGACAAUGAAUUUGCCCCUUUAAGGGCGUACCCUGAUAUUUCCGUGGCUUCAGAGAGGUUUCAUUUUCCACCCCUGGAUCACACCAACCAGGCCUCUGAGCUUGGCUCACUGUCCCAGCACCCUUUGGCUCAGGCAACCAUCCUGUCUGAAGAAGGAGUGAGCAGCUGCUGCUCUUUAUCCCAGCACAGUUUGUCACCAGGAGACGAAGGCAGACAAGAAAAAAAUGUUAAUUCCCAACUGACUGCCACCACUGACAGACGGGAAGUACCAUCCAGAGAUGAUAAAGGUAGCAGAGAGAGGGACUCGGAGACACAAACUGACCCACCAGACAAGUCAGUAGAAGAGGAUGCUGGAGAUGAGACAUUCUUUCUAAGUAAGGAUAUUCCUGCCCAGCAUCUUCUCGCACUUCUUCAGAAAGAUAUUGGCAUGCCAAGCAGCAGUAGUAGUGCUGUUUCCUCUGCCUCUGAGACCUCUGUGAAAGUUGCUGCAUCUUUUGGCAAAGAGUAUAGAAGCAGUAAAGUUUGUAAACCAGGCAUUGACCAAAGCAUGGUUAUAAGAGAACUUCCCCCAGGUGAAGCUUCUCUUUCCCCGCAGCAGACGCAACAACCUGACAGAGAUGUAUCCCCUGGCCAGUCACCAACAUUAUCGCUUGAGGUCUGUAACAUCACCAUGGGGUCCCGCAGCACUAAACCUGAUGACAGUAGCGAAGUGUUGCACAGAGAGCUGCUGUCUGAGGCAGAGAGGCGCAGCAGCAGUGAUGCUGAAUCUAAAAACCAACAGCGGAAAAGUCCUACACCACCAUGUCAGUCUCUCACACCAUAUCCCACAGGUACGUCUGAAGGAAAGCCAAGUGUAACCAAAACAAAUUUGGGUCACUUGCUACGGACAGGACCGUUUUCAGCAGGUGUUGAACGGCUUCACAGAGAGCAAGACCUCUGGUCCUCAGGGAAUCAAACAGGGGUUGAUGGGUCUUACCUGGGUUUCCUUCCACAGUCUCAGUCCACUCCAGGGGUUUUUAAAGCCCCACCCAGAUCCAGUGCCAAGGCGAAAGUAGGGCAACUUUCUGCCAUAGAAUCCAAUAAAGAGAACUCAUCUCAGUCAAACACAGGGAUCUCUCCACAGGUAACCGUUUCUGUGGCUGAUGUCCAUUGCCAAAACACAACAAAUCCAAGCCAAGAGGAGGCUUCUUCUUCAAAAGUCCAGUCUCUCCCAAGUCUCAACUAUAUGCAGAAAGUAGACGCUUGGAGGGCAAAUCAGAGUUCAGGCAAGACUUCACUAUUUGAUAGUUUGGCACUUCAAGGAUUUUCUGGCACCUCUCCUAAAAAGAAAGCUUACGAUGCAGUAUCUGACUCCCUGAAUCGCAUCCUGACUCAGCAGGCGAGGAGUUUACAAAAACCUGCUGUUUCAAGUGCUGCCAAUCAGAACGUUACACAGAUCUCUUCCACGGCUCCCUCUGGUUCAUCUUCUCCAAGAAGAGGGGAGGCAGUGGGCAGUGCUCCAAAUGAACAAGAUAACACUGGGUCUGCCACAAGACCUUCUGCCUCACCCAUUGGCAGGUCACAGUCCCACUCCUCUCUAAGCACUGUUGUUAUGUCGGCCCAGAAAAAUCAGCAGAAAGAAAUACCCGCAGAAAGAGAGAAUACUCCGACUCAAGACGAUGUCCAGCAUCAGCCAAGCGACACAGUACAACCCCUACCUCGCAUGAGCCUCAGUCAGUUCAGUGAUGUGUCACUUGAUCGAGAUUUGACACUCUCAAGUUCCCAAGAUAGUUACAACAGUGGAGUUAAAUUGGGAAAUUCCAUAGGGGCGUCUUCUAUUGUCAGCCUUGAGGCUGAUAACUACGUCCCGUACUGGACUUCAAAACUGUCAACGCCACCACCUCUGCCCAGGCCGCGAGAACUCAACAUUGAAGAUCGAAUUCCGUUGUACCUGCAUAACCUGGGUAUUGACCAGUCUCCCUCAACAAUCUUAACUCCAUUCGCACCCAGAGGGCCAAUAAGAGAGCCUGAAUUCUCUCCCACUGAUCUCUGUACAAUUAAAGGAUCUAUUGGAACCCCAACGAAGAGCACUCAACCCUCUGAAGGUGGAAGUCCCCAUAAAGCAGAUUUUUCCAGGUGCAGCAUUCUUUCAGUGGACUCCAGUAUAUCCAUACCAUUGAGCCUGGACAGUCUAGGUCCAGGUGUACCUGUGCCAGAGCGAACCAGGCCGGCUUCUCCUUCUUCCGAUACAGAAGCUAUCCAGAUUGAACGCAGACUGGCACCCUCCUCCCUCCCUGAUGAAGACUCUUAUCCUUCCACCCAGCGACAGCACAUGGACAGCAGCUUAACCAGCAGCCAGAAUACCAUCCAGCCUGGAGACAGGUUUGGCUCUGACUCCUCCUUAGCAACCAAGCCUAGGUGUGGGGAUAGAGAUUUGGAGUCACCAUUGCAAACGAGCCGUGGUUUGGAGCAAAACGCAGAAGAUUCUAUUGUUAGCUCCAAUGCCUUGUUGGAGAUCCGUAAACUUCUCUCUCAGGCGGGGAAUGUCGUAACUGCAGAGUCUUCUGUAGCUUCCUCAGCCUCAGCUUCAGCACCUCGCCUUCUCUCUGAUGAUGACAUCUUCCUCUCCCUGAAAAAGAAAACCAGCAGACUUCAAGACUCUUCAUUCUCCUCCACUUCUGCGACUGAUGAUCCCAAAACUCGAUCCACCUCGUUGUGGGUCCGGUCCUCCUCAGACUCCAUGCUGACCUCAGAGAGACGCAGAGAAAACUCUAUUGGAAGAGAGAGUUUGACUUCAUCGGGGCAACCUAAUUAUCCAUCCACACAAGCUCUUUUUGCUGCACCGACAACAGGUGCAUACAGAAGGCCACAAUAUAGCACUGUUAGUAGAGGUACAGGCUCACCCCUUAUCCUCUCCCAAUCAGCUCGGCGCGCAGAGCCUGAGGGCUGCAGUGCUGCUCCCCCUGACAGUACAGUCCCUCCACAGCAACCAGUCAUCAAGCCAUUACCAGUUUUAAGUACCCAACAGCUCACCUCAACUCCUACAGACACAGCAGAUGUCAUAGAGGAGGAAAAACGGACUGUACUGGUAUCUCCUCCUCAGAGCAGCUCCUCCUCACCAGUCCUGGAGGACAGUGACCAGGGAGUGAUCAGUGAUGGGAGCAGUGAGAGCUCGCUGGCUGUCAGAGUGGCCAAGUUACUGCAGAGUGAAUCUCCAUCCACCAUGGUGUCCAGUACACCCAGCAUCACUGACCAUGAGGAGAACAAAGCCAGAGAGUGGAUUAAACUGAAACUAUCCGGACAGCAGUGUGAGCCUCUGGAGUUGGACAAAGAAGACAGAAAGCGGAUUGAAGAGAUAAAGAGAGAGCUGCUGUUGAAAAACCCUUUACAGAGUCAGGGGAGCACAGAUACAGAGAGCAGUGCAGCGUCCAGUCUUAAAAUACAAAGGGGACAGGAUGUGCCUCAGCAAGCAGAGACCUUCACUGCCUCUGGUGUUCCCAACAACCAGCCAUCCCAGCCACUGCAGGUCCUCGGCACAGAUCUCUCUGACUCCAAUGUGCAGCUUUGCACAGAUCUAGAGGCUCAGAUACGUGAGAUCGCUGCCAGAGAAGGGGUAACGAUUCCUAGGACAAACCUUCAGGCCGUCACAUCGAUCACCAUCGCCACCCGCAGGCGCUCCACCUCCCCCUCUCCCUCCACGUCGCCUGCACCUCCUGUCAGUCCGGUGCCAGAGCUGCUCCACCUGGCUGAACUCUCCACAGGAGCAGUCAAACUUCCUAAAACUACCAGGCAGCUUCCCCAUACCAUAGAUGAAGAUGAUGAGGCAACAAGGGAGCCAGACUCUAUGUUUGAACCAAGCCAAGACCUGACUUCUCCGUCAGCCUCGGGAAAUCAGAAGAGACAAGAUGCCGUAGGAGGCCAAUCUGAAGAACCUCCCCCUCCCUCACAGGGUUUAGGUAGAGAGGAUGGGAUGGAGAAGGAGGACAGCACACAGUCUUUCAGGCGAGACGACGAAUUAUUCAUCGAGGACAGCUCCGUUUCUGGUGUUGGUCACAUAGCUAAACAGGCCACAGGUUCAUCCACACCUGAAUCCCCAGCCAGGACAGGUCAUGUCUCACAUGUCCAUCUCACUCUGUCCCCCAAAGCCACUGAUCAGAGUCUGGCCACUUCUGUCCACCCCAGUCAUGCUGAUGCUGUUAUGGGGCUGCCACGGAAAGAAUUUGUCCCCCUCAGACACUCCUCUUCUGCUGCCAGCAGUCCAGACGAAGGUGUUGGGUUGACCAGUCCACCAGAGUGGUAUGACACCAGAGAGCCAAUAAGACAGCGGGGGCCUGAAAGACCGGAGACCUCCAGCCUGUUCAUAACCUCUGUGCCUAAGGGAAGGAUGACCUCCACAUCCACACAGUCCUUGACAGCAUGUCACAGAGUUGUUGUGUCACCAAGACCCAUAACCACUGAAACACCAGCAGUGCCAGUUCUGUUGCCUUAUAAACCCCGUGGCAGCGAGGAGCUCUUCUACGUCCCUCAAACAGAAGCUGACGUCUCCUCCACCGACCCUUCUGACACGACCAUGGAGAGCUCCCACACAGGCUCAGACGACGCUGUGCCCCCACGCUUCAGCAGCGAGGUCCUCGGUCACCGAGACGCUGGGUUGGACCGUGGAGUCACCAUCAGACACUCGGAGGGCAUCUACAGCAAGAGGCUGAAAACAGCCACCUUCAAAAUGCACGAGGCCGGACACAGAGGUGCCUCUGUACCAGCAGAUGGACCCUCACAAACAAGUGUGACUCCAAAGCCGUCCUCUCAGGUAUCAGUUGCCUUUACCAGAGUGCCUCUAUCGAGGGAUCGAGAAGCUUCCAAGAGAGACCAGGGGACAAGCCCGGUGCAGUUCCCCAGUUAUGAUCAGCCAGAGCCAAACCGUGUGAGAUUUCAGCCAGUUCUUGUGGACCUGGACUAUGAAAAGGCGAGCCAUCACACUGAUCGAAGCUCUGUCCCUCAGGCAGGAGUGGAGAGAGACAGGAGCGACUCUCACCUCCCUCACCCCACUGCCCAGCAGAGCAGCAGCUCUCUGGAUCAGCUGUGGGAGAGGUUCUGUGAUCAGUGGAACCUGGAGGAGUACCGACCCACUACUGACAGAGAGACAUCGCUGUUGGAGCGGCUUGAACGCCUCUCCCGUCUUAUUCAGAGCACUGGAGGUUCGAACUGUUCAGAACUGCAAGAAGAGAGGCUAGGAAGGAGGGGAGAAGAUGCUACAGGGAAAGAAAGAAAAAAUAAUAUUGGUGAGGUGAAGAGGAGCAUAAGUGGUGAGGCAAGAGGAGGUAGAAAGGUUAAAGGUGAACCGCCCAUCCCUCAUCAGGCCUGGACGCAGAGGCUGCAGAUAAAGGAAACCACUCAACCUGCAGACGAGGACUCCUUCACGUCCAGCGUCUCUCAGGGCUCGUCCGAGAGUCAGUACCUCUGUCCUGCUGACAGAGACGAGUCUGAGACCAUGUCCACCAUGUCUGGCUCCAUGUCCACAGUUGACACAGCGCGGCUGGUCCGAGCCUUUGGUGCUGACCGCGUCCAACACCUGAAAACGAGCUCCAGCCUCAGUAAACUCUACUCCACCAUCAAUAAGCAGAAAGAAGGGAGGGAAAAGAGGAGACAAAGGAACAAAGAGCCACCUCACGUCAUCACCCUGUCAGAGACCACCGGCACUGAUGAAUCCACAGUUACUGCUGAUUCUGCAUCAUCAACCAGCACUUACACCCUCACGUCACACCGCGGCCCCUCCAGGGGUCUGGUAGCUAAGAAGGCUGUAAAACUGGUCAGCAGAGGCAUCCAGGCAGGUGACCUGGAGAUUGUCAGAAAUGGGACUCGACGUCACACCAGAGAUGUUGGAACCACAUUCCCUUCGCCUGCUGAAGCCAGAACUUCCAGGCAGAUAUCAUCUGCCUCGUCCAGCUUAGAGAGAGGAAGAGGAGGGCAGAGGAGCUCCUCUAAAAGCCAGGGGCUACAAAAACUGAGAAAGAGCAAGAGAAGCCUGUCCAAGACCUACCCCGAAGGUGUUUCAUGGUUCAUCUCUGCUGACGAGCUGAGGUCAGAGGCGAGGAAGGAGAACGAGCCCGAGGAAGAGGAGUCGACGUGGAGGCCAAGCACCGCCUGGUUUGAACCGUACAGCAGGAUGAAUCCGUGGAGAGAACCGCUGAGACAGAGACAAGUCCAGGAAGACAGAAACAUACAUCAUGCUGAACCCGAGUUUGAUCCAAAAAUCAAAACAAUGUCUUCUGGUCUGGCACGUAUCUCUCUCCAGGAGGCUCUUGAGAUGCAUCGUCCAGAGUUCAUCUCUCAGUCCAGGCGCAGGGUUCAGCGCAUGGCUCUGCAGGCGGAGGAGAGGAAGCUGCAGGCCGACUUCAGCAGAGAGAGAGACGAUCUCUUCAUCCGGCCAGGAGGAGCAGGGAGGCUACCGAAGCCUGCAGGCACCGCUCUGCUCAGGAGGGCUGUUCCCAGGAAGGAGAUGAUACAGAGAUCCAAACAGAUAUAUGAGAAUCUUCCAGAGGUGCAGCGGAGGAGAGAAGAGGAAAGAAGAAAAGCAGAGUAUCGAUCUUACCGGCUGAACGCUCAACUCUACAACAAGAGAAUCACUAACCGUGUCCUGGGCAGAAGAACAGCAUGGCAGUGAUCAAACAGACCUUGUAAACUUUUUUUACUGUAUGAUAAAUCAGUGAUGUGAAAAACA